AUGGGGACAUUCCCCUACGACUUCAUCCACAAGGUGCAGGGGGACUUUGUGGGGCCCGGUAGGGCAGUGGCUGCACUGAGGCCAAUUCCUGUCUUGCAGAAGCCCCGGCAUGAUUCCUUCAUCCGGCCUGAGGACCAGGUGCUCAUCAACCGUUGGGACAUCAUGUACAAAACGGACACCUGGGACAUGCAGGAACUCAUCACGCGCAUGUACAUUAAGCAGCUGCUGCGACACCCGGCCUUCCAGCUGCUGCUGGCCAUGCUGCUGGUUAUCAAUGGCAUCACCAUUGCUCUCCGCACCAACUCCAACUUCGACCAGACACACUAUGAGUUGUUCUCUACCAUAGAUGAUGUCGUGCUGACCAUCCUCAUCUGCGAGGUUCUGCUUGGCUGGUUCAAUGGCUUCUGGAUUUUUUGGAAGGAUGGCUGGAACAUUCUCAACUUCCUUAUCGUCUUUAUCUUGCUCUUGGGGUUCUUCAUUGAACAACUCAACACCAUUGCUAUCACCUACACCCUCAGGGCGCUCCGUCUGCUACAUGUAUGUAUGUCGGUGGAGUCCCUGGCCCGGAUCAUCCGUGUCAUCCUGCAGUCAGUGCCUGGCAUGGCAAACAUCAUGGCCCUCAUCCUCUUCUUUAUGCUGGUGUUCUCAGUGUUUGGUGUCACGCUCUUUGGUGCAUUCGUGCCCAAGCAUUUUCAGAACAUGCAGGUUGCCUUGUACACCCUCUUCAUCUGCAUCACCCAGGAUGGAUGGCUGGACAUCUAUAGUGACUUUCAGAUGGAGAAGAGGGAGUAUGCAAUGGAGAUUGGGGGCGCCAUCUACUUUGCCAUCUUCCUCACCAUGGGUGCCUUCAUUGGCAUCAACCUGUUCGUCGUCGUGGUAACCACCAAUCUGGAGCAAAUGAUGAAGGCAGGAGAUCAGGGACAACAGCAUCCAAUAGCCUUUAGUGAGCCAGGUGACUACGACGAUGACCAGAAUAAGGAGCUGCCGCUGGUGCACUGUACCGUCGCCCGCCAGGAGACCACUGGCCACCUCCAGGAGCCGCUGGUGGGGGGCCCCCUGCCAAAUCUCUCGGAAAACACGUGCGACAACUUCUGCUUGGUGCUCGAGGCGAUCCAGGAGAACUUGCUGCAAUACAAGGGCAUCCGCGAUGAGCUCAAUGCGAUCGUGGAGGAGGUGCGCUCCAUUCGCUUCAAUCAGGAGCAAGAAGAGGAGCUGUUACACCGGCACCUGUCCAGGAGCCAAGAUUUCGAGACUGGCUCCUCGGUGGACAUCCGCGAGGUGGCCCAAGAACAAGACUUGAUUACAGCGCUGGUAAACCGAGAAAGGGUCCAUGAAUCGGCCACAAAUUUGCUGAACAAACACAAGAGCAGCCGCUAA